GAAAAGGUCAUUCUGAGCAAGAACUGAAGCUUAAGCAUCAGCAACACCAGGGAGCAGGAGUGGGAGAACUGUGGAAACCAAACAAUGAAUAUUAAAUUUGUCAUCACUCUUCUCAUUCUUUCUCUUGCUACAAUUGUCAUUUUGGUAUUCGUUUUGUUGUUGGGAUCCAAACAAAGACCCUGUGGCCAUGGAAAUCCAACAUCUCCUCAAUUAAAACACAAUGACCAGAGCUUAGUCUUUUCAGACCUGACGCCCGAAGAGCUUACUGAAGUCAAGGAGUUCCUCAAGAAAAAAUUCCCUGUGGUGGACAUCUCCAAAGCCGACCCUAAUUCCAACUGCAUUUAUUCAGUGGUACUUCAGCUUCCCCGUAAGACAGAUGUACUGUUAUAUCUGGACAAGGGUGGACCAAAGCCUGCAAGAGAAGCUCUGGCUGUUGUUUACUUUGGAAACCAGGAGAAACCUGAAGUUAAAGAAUAUGUGGUAGGACCUAUUCCUAAUCCUUCAUACUGCAAUGAUAUCACACUGAAAAAAUACAACAAACCAAUUGCUUAUUACCGAAGACCAGUUAUCAGCAAUGAGUACAUGCAGGUAAGCAAGUUUGUCACUAUCAAGGAAUUUCCUAAAGCCAUAACCUUUCUUAAAGAAGUUUUAGGUUAUGAUGGGUCUGACAGUGACUAUUUUGGUGUUCUGACAAGCGCACCACGGGGUCUUAAGUCUGGUGACCGGAGUACUUGGUUUGGCAUUUUUUUUAACACUCAAGGCAGUGGCUUUUAUAUACACCCUACAGGGCUUGAACUCUUGGUGAAUCACAAGCACCUAGAUAUAAGCAAAUGGAGUGUUGAAAAAGUCUUCUACAAUGGUAAAUAUUUUGAAAAUCUGAAUGAAUUAGAGGUGCAGUACAAACAGAGAGAAUUGAAAGUAGUUAAAAUAGAAAGACCUCAACCUCAUGAAGAUUUUGGAUCUCUAAAACCCCAAAAAAACACUGUUACUGAUAUACCUAUGCAGUAUGAGCCGCAAGGGCCUCGUUACAGUGUCAAGAACAAUCAAGUAUUAUUUCAGCACUGGAGUAUUGCCUUUGGGGUUAAUGCAAACUCAGGACCUAGGCUUUAUGAUGUGAGAUUCAAAGGAGAAAGGAUUGUUUAUGAACUUGGCAUCCAAGAAGCAAUCUCAGUUUAUGGGUCUAAUGGACCAACUGGAAUGGUAACAAGAUACAUGGAUGGAUACUUUGGGAUUGGUCGCUUUGUUUAUCAGCUGGUUCGUGGGAUUGACUGUCCCUAUUUUGCUACCUAUGUAGACACUUAUUACUUACUUGAUUCCGAUACAUAUGUGCGUAACAAGGAUUCCAUCUGCAUAUUUGAGCUUAAUUCAGGUCUUCCUUUAAGGCGUCACUCAUCUUCACUAGGUUCUUUCUACUAUGGUGGCUUGGCCAACACUGUUCUGGUGAUUAGGUCCAUUGCAACACUGGGUAACUAUGAUUAUGUUUUUGAUUUCAUGUUUUAUCAAAAUGGAGCAAUUGAGACCAAAGUCCAUGCCACGGGGUAUAUAAGUUCAUCAUUUUACAUGGACGGCGGAAGUAAUUAUGGAAACCGCGUGGGGCCUCACACUCUGGGGACUAUUCACACACAUUUUAUCAAUUACAAAGUGGAUCUGGAUGUUGGAGGAACAAACAAUUCAGUGGUGGCUCAUGAUAUGGAGUUUGAGCCUGUUAAAGUCCCUUGGAGUUCUGAAGGGCAAAUCCAAAGAACAAGGCUCACCAAGAAAGUACUGGAGAAUGAGAAUCAGACGGCGUUUGAAUUGCACGCAAGCAUGCCUCGGUAUAUUCAGUUUGCAAGUGACAAGAAAAACAAAUGGGACCAUGAACGUUCUUAUAGGAUCCAGAUGGUCAGUUUUGCCGGGGAUUUCCUGCCAGAGAUGAGUCCUAUCCACAAUGCAAUGAACUGGGCCAAGUACAAACUGGCGGUUACUAAGCGCAAGGAUGAAGAACCUCAAAGCAGCAGUAUCUACAACCAAAAUGAUCCCUGGUCUCCAACUGUUAAGUUUUCUAGCUUUAUAAAUAAUGAAAACAUCAAAGAUCAGGAUUUGGUAGCCUGGAUCACAGCUGGGUUCUUACACAUACCUCAUGCUGAGGACAUCCCCAACACAGUGACAGCAGGAAACGGGGUUGGCUUCUUCCUCCGGCCCUACAAUUACUUUAAUGAAGACCCAUCAGUCCACUCACACGAUGCUGUCUACUUCCAGCCUCAUGAAAGCUACAACUCAUGCAGUACCAACCCACUAGCCUGUCUACGAGACACUGCAUCAUGUGCCCCUCAACUACCCGAAUUUUCCUAUAAUGGGUUUGAUAAUACCUUUGUUGCAAUAUAAUUACGCUGGCUUUCUAUAAUCCAUAUUAGGUGAAAAUAAAAGGGUAACAGAAACCAUA